AUGACUACCCUCAAAGCCGGAGACAGCUUCCCCGAAGGCGUAACCUUCACCUACGUCCCCUACACCCCAGAACUCGCCGGCGUAACAGCCUGCGGCAUCCCCGUCAAGUACGACGCCAGCAAAGAAGCCAAAGAAAAGAAACUCGUCAUCGUCUCCGUCCCCGGCGCUUUCACGCCCACCUGCCAAAAUACUCACAUCCAGGGCUACAUUGAGAAGCUACCUCAACUCAAGGCCGCCGGCGUCGACCAGGUCCUAGUCAUCUCCUACAACGACGCCUGGGUCCAAGCAGCCUGGGCCAAGGCCAACGGCAUCAAGGACGAGAUUGACGCAGCGAAAACCUUCAUUGGACGCCACAUCUCUAAGAUGGCUAUCGCGCUCCAAUCAUACCAAACUCAACAACCAACUAACAACAAGUCAAAAAAACAACAGAUCUUCGCCUCCGACGACGGCGCCCCCUUCAGCAGCAGCAUCGGCUGGACCCUCGGCGCCCGCACCGCCCGCUACGCCAUCGUCGUCGACCACGGCAAGGUCGUCUACGCUGAGAAGGAGCCCGACAAGGGCGUCACCGUCUCCGGCGUCGACGCCGUCCUGGCCAAGCUAUAG